AUGAACGAGGGUUCGAAACCAGGACAGUACGUAAUCCUUAUUGCCGACCGCCUGCCCAAGGAGGUCCCAACCAACACCCAGAAUAAGACCAAUUACCUGUUGGUCACUCAAAUACAUGUCCCGUGUGGGAAUCGAGCCCACGAGCCGUACAACCGAGCCAACAAGACAAAGGAGACGAGCAAGAGCCAGAACCAGCAAGGUGCAACGAGCUCGCGAACGCUUCAAAUAUUCCCGCGGAUGGGAAACGUGACACGUCACGUCAGAGGACGCGGCGUGACCGGAGCGAACGUGACAACAAUGUCACGGCGUGACGCGGCGACUUCGCAUGGUUUCGCCGUCACGCCGUCCCAUCCGCGACUCGUCAAGCGUUUCCAACGCUCG